AUGGAGAAUUUCCGUCGAUUCCGACGCCUGACACCCUACUUGUGGCCUUCGAAAAGUCGUACCCUGCAGGUUUUUGUUGUCAUCUGCAUCCUCCUCGUCCUGAUCUCUCGCUUCAUAAACUUGGCCGUACCUUGGCUCCUUGCAGAGUUGGUGUCCAUUUUUGAGCAUAACCAACAGAAUGAGCGGUCGUUCUGGCCGUACCUCUUGGCUUAUGUCGGGGUACAGUUCCUUAGAGAUGGAGGUAUCAACCUCGUUCGUCAAACGUUGUGGGACCGCGUAGAGCAGUAUUCUGAGAGAGAAAUGGGCCUAUUGACGUACAAACACCUGCUGAAUCUGUCGUACGGAUUUCAUGCCAAUCGCAAGACCGGGGAAGUGCUCUCUGCGAUCGACAGAGGAAAAGAGGUCAACCGUACACUGGAGACCGUCCUGUUCACGUUCAUACCCAAUAUCAUUGAUCUCUUCGCUUCGAUAUUUGUCAUUACUUACAGACUGGACUGGACGGUCGCCGUCAUUCUGGUGGUUGAGAUGAGUACUUACGCUAUCGCUAGUUCGGUUCUGAACAAAUGGCUCACCAAAAGGCGAAGGGACUAUAUCGCCCUCGCCGACAAAUCGCGCACGAUGUAUACGGACUGUUUGAUCAACUACGAGACCGUGAAGUAUUUCAAUGGGGAGCAGCACGAGCUCGAUCGGUGGAGAGAGACGUUCUUGGAGAGUCAGAACGCUUAUAUGCGUCUUGACGUCGGGUGGAAUCUAUUCAGCUUGGUGCAGACGUUGAUUACGAGUCUUGGCCUGCUCCUCAGCAGCAUGAUCAUCUCGCACCGAGUCGCGCAGGGCGUCCUGUCCGCGAGCGACUUCGUGUUCUUCAUCAUGUACCUCGGUCAGCUCUACGGUCCGCUCAACAUCAUCGGCUGGAUAUAUCAGAUGACGAACAGCUCGUUGAUCAACACCGAGAAACUACUGCGGAUAUUGAACGAGCCGACUGAGAUCAAUGAUAAACCAGGGGCGCAGGAUUUGGUGGUUACGGACGGGGAGAUCGAGUUUGACAAUGUCAUCUUCUCGUACGAGAAGAGCGGAAAGACGGAUGCGCUCAAGAGAGUGUCUUUCAAAGUGCCCAAAGGUAGUUCAGUGGCAUUGGUCGGAGAGUCUGGUGCAGGAAAAUCCACAGUCUUUAAGCUCAUGUAUAGGUUCUACGACCUCCCGCCAGGAUCCGGGCGCAUCACCAUCGACGGUCAAGACAUCAGGGACGUGACACAAGACUCGCUCCGCCGUGCCAUUGGCGUUGUGCCGCAAGAGGCCGUUUUGUUCAAUGGCACGGUGGGAUACAACAUCGGAUAUGGGAAGCUGGGCGCGACCCAGGCAGAAAUCGAGGAGGCUGCGAAGGCAGCUCAGAUGCACGAGAGGGUGGUCGGGUUCAAGAACGGUUAUGAGACAAAGGUGGGCGAGCGUGGCAUCCGGCUGAGUGGUGGCGAGAAGCAGCGUGUGGCCAUUGCGCGGACCAUCUUGAAAAGCCCCCCGGUGUUGCUGUUGGAUGAGGCGACGAGUGCGUUGGACACGUCGACCGAGAAAGUGAUCCAGAAGGCGCUUCGAAGCCUGGUGAAAGGCAGGACGUCGAUCUCUAUCGCACAUCGACUCUCUACGAUCGCAAGUGCAGACAUCAUCCUGGUGUUCAAGAACGGGGAGAUAGUGGAGAGGGGCAACCACAAAGAGCUGUUGAAACUGGACGGGGUGUUUGCGUCUAUGUGGGCGGAGCAGAUACACGCAGCGGAAGCAGAGGUCGAGGUAAAGGACGAGGAGAAAGCAGAGGCGGAGGGAAAGGAUGAGGAGACAAUAGAGUAG